GUACUUUGCAAUGGCAAGUAGGUUUGACCCGUUUGUAAUAAUUAUUACUGAUGCUAGCAGCCCGACGUUGGCAUUGACCGACUCAAUCCAACAUCAAUAUACAAAUCAUGUCACUGUAAAUUGUACAAUAGUUACUAGGGAGCACCGUACUUAUGAAGUUUGGUUGGUAAAAGUGGGAAAUCAAUUGCAAUUUGUUGAUGGUUGGGAUUAUUUCGUACGAGCGGAAGAUAUUCGCGGGGACUACAUUUUGUAUUUCGAGCGCAACAGUCUAUAUGAAUUUAUAGUCAAAGUGUUCACUUGUAAUUCCGUUGAACGACCUCCGCAAUAUCGAUUCUUUGUGGAUAUCAAGAAAAUGCACGUACAACGGACACGUUUGGCGUUGAUGGAACAUAGUGAUUCGCAUGAAUUUAUGGACCGAAGUGGAAUCGUCGAGGGCAUGACAUGCGUUUUCACCUUAAUUGGACAUGAGUGUGUUCUUUUC